GCCACAGGUGACUCGGGGGCCGGGGGUCGCGUUCCGCCCCGCUGCCGCUCGGCCGCCUCUGCGCGUUCGCACCCCUGCGCCGCGGCCGGCUGCGCGAAGCCCAUCUCCGGCCGCCUCGCCGGCAGCACCGGGGGACAUGGCUUUGCUCCGGCUCCUUCUCCUCUUGCUCCUCGCCCAGCGCGGGCUGGGGGCUGCCGCCGACCGAGGGCAGGCAGUGCGCGGCCGGGAGCGGGCGCUCGGAGGGAAGCAGCCUAUUUACAACCACAUCAAGAGCCGGGAGCCUCUGCCGGCCCCGCGGAGCCGCUCUACAGAGAGCACCAUCUUGGCGCAGCGGCUCGCCGAGGAGGUGCCCCAGGACGUGGCCUCGUUCCUCUACACGGGCGACUCCCGGGAGUUGCGGCGAGCCAACUGCUCCGGGCGGUACGAGCUGGCCAGCCUCGCCGGCAAGUCGCGCUUCACCUCGCACCCCUCCCUGCACGGCGCCCUGGGCACCCUCACCCACGCCACCAACUUACUCAACAUGAUCCUCCAGAGCAAUAAGUCGCGGGAGCCGAACUUGCAGGAGGACCUGGAGUGGUACCGCGCCUUAAUCAGGAGCCUGCUGGAGGAGGACCCCAACAUCUCCAGGGCCGCUAUCACUUUCAGCGCGGAGCCUUUCUCCACUCCCCAGAUUUUCCUCCAGGCCAGCAGGCACGAGAGCCAGGUCCUCCUGCAGGACUUGUCCUCCACGGCUCACCGCCUGGCCAACGCCUCUGUGGAAACUGAGUGGUUCCACAGCUUGAAGCGCAAGUGGAGGCCACAUCUGCACAGGAAGGUCAUAAACACGGGCCCCAAAACUUUGGAAAACAGUUGGAAGAGGCGGGAGAGCUUCACUGCUGAGAAGAACCACAUCAGGUGGUCCUCACCAUACCUGGAGUGUGAGAAUGGGAAUUACAAACCCGGCUGGCUAGUGACUCUCUCGGCGGCUUUCUAUGGGCUGCGGCCAAACCUCCUGCCCGAGUUCAGAGGUGUUGUCAAAGUUGACAUCAAUCUGCAGAAGGUGGACAUUGACCAGUGUUCGAGCGAGGGAUGGUUCUCAGGGACUCACAGGUGUCAUCUCAACAAUUCUGAGUGCAUGCCAAUUAAAGGCCUUGGAUUUGUGCUUGGAGCCUACAAAUGUAUUUGCAAGGCUGGAUUCUAUCAUCCCAACAUCUUCUCAGUGAACAGCUUUCAGAGAAAGGAUGCAGAAAAUCGCUUUUCUGGUGGUGAAUUGUCAGAGGAAGUCUACACCUGCCUACCCUGCAGAGAAGGAUGUUCUUUCUGCACAGAUGAUACUCCCUGCUAUGCACAGGAGGACAAGUAUUUACGGCUGGCUAUCAUCUCCUUCCAAACGCUCUGUAUGCUGCUGGAUUUCAUCAGCAUGCUGGUGGUCUACCAUUUCCGCAAGGCUAAGAGUAUCAGGGCCUCAGGGCUGGUGCUGUUGGAAACCAUUCUUUUUGGAUCACUUCUUCUGUACUUCCCAGUUGUCAUUUUGUAUUUUGAGCCAAGUAUAUUUCGCUGUGUUCUCCUAAGAUGGGUUCGUCUUCUGGGCUUUGCUACUGUUUAUGGAACUGUGACACUCAAGCUGCACAGGGUUUUGAAGGUAUUCCUGUCCCGAACGGCUCAGCGUAUUCCAUACAUGACAGGUGGGAGAGUGAUGAGGAUGCUGUCUGUUAUUCUUCUGGUAGUCUUUUGGUUUCUCAUUGGCUGGACUUCUGCAAUAACCCAAAAUUUGGAGAGAAACAUUCCACUCAUUGGUCAAGGGCAAACAUCUGACCAUCUGAUCUUCAAUAUGUGCCUCAUAGACCGCUGGGAUUACAUGAUGGCUGUUGCUGAAUUUUUAUUCCUCUUGUGGGGUGUUUAUCUCUGCUAUGCAGUGCGGACAGUCCCAUCAGCAUUUCAUGAGCCACGUUAUAUGGCUGUUGCAGUUCACAAUGAGCUCAUUAUCUCUGCUAUAUUCCAUACAAUUAGAUUCAUUCUUGCUUCAAGACUUCAGUCUGACUGGAUGCUGAUGCUGUUUUUUGCACACACACAUUUGACUGUGACAGUCACUGUUGGGCUACUUCUGAUCCCUAAGUUUUCACAUUCAAGCAAUAACCCAAGAGAUGAUAUAGCUACAGAAGCUUAUGAAGAUGAGCUUGAUAUGGGUCGGUCUGGAUCCUAUCUGAACAGCAGUAUCAACUCAGCAUGGAGUGAACACAGUUUGGAUCCUGAAGAUAUUCGGGAUGAGUUGAAGAAACUGUACGCUCAGCUUGAAAUCUAUAAAAGGAAGAAGAUGAUUGCUAACAAUCCACAUCUCCAGAAAAAAAGGUGCUCUAAAAAGGGCUUGGGGCGCUCAAUAAUGCGGCGUAUCACAGAAAUUCCUGAGACGGUCACCAGGCAGUGCUCCAGGGACGAGAAGGACUUGAUGGAGCACAGUGCUGUGAAGAACUUGGCCACACUGAAGAAAAACCCACCGGAUUCCACAAGUUCUGCAAAGCCAAAAGAAGAGACUUUGAAAAACAGAGUCUUUUCCUUAAAAAAGUCCCACAGUACUUACGAUCAUGUUAGGGAUCAAACAGAAGAACCAAAUGGCUUAACUACGGAAAGUGCAGAAGUUAUAGCUGCUGAAAAAACACUUCUGGAGUCCUUGAAUGGUAACAAAUUAACCAAAAAUGCUCCUGAAAAGGUCGAAGCUGUCUCCACUGAAUCGGUCCCUUUGGUGUGCAAAUCAGUAAGUGCACAUAAUUUAAGUGCCGAUAAGAAGCCUCUGCAUCCAAGAACAUCUGUGUUACAAAAAUCCCUCAGUGUUAUUGCUAGUGCCAAGGAAAAGACUCUGGGACUAACGGGUAAAACACAAAGUCUAGAAGAAAGCACUAAAUCUCAUAAAUCUCAUCAGAAGGGUAAGGAGGCCAGCAAAAAGCACUCAGUCUCCGAUAAAGGGGAACAUAAGGAUUCCCACCGGAAAAACUCUACCCAGUCUGAGGAAACAAAGAAAACCCAUAAAUCUGGAAUUAUUAAACAGCAAAGGGUUAGUCAAACACCUGCAAAUCCAGACACAGGCCCAGGUAAGUCUCUGCACAAGGACAAUUUCGACAUAGGAGAAGUUUGUCCUUGGGAGAUAUAUGACCAAAUUCCUGGUCCUGUGCCUUUUGACUCUAAAGCUCAAAAACAUGUGUCUAUUGCUUCCUCAGAGCCAGAGAAAAACCACCCUUCCCAGCCAAAGGGGAAGACUCAUCAUAAGCUGAAGACACCUGAGGGGCACCAACAGUCAAACCAAAAGAGCUUAGAGAAGGUGGAAGCAGCCACUCAGGAGAAACAAGAGCAGCAGAUCUUUGAAAAUGAAAAAAAUCAGUCAAAUUCCAAGUCCCAGGUCUCUCCUGGGCAGAAGUGUGAGAAUGUUAAUAGGUAUACACCGAAUACCCGUGCUGGGGAGCGGGAGGAGCUGCCCCAGAAAACAGCAGGAAAGGAAAACCUCAAUAAAUUGGCUGAACAGAAAAAAAUUGCCUCUUCUGAGGGAAAUGUGCUUUCAUCUAACUCCCAUAAGCCAAGUAGUUACCUACAGCAACCUUUAGCAUCUCGAGCUGAAGUCUGCCCUUGGGAGUUUGAUACAGCAGAUUUACCAAAUGCAGAAAGAAGUGUAGCUUUAUUGAACACCUCUGCUAUAAGUGCAAAUAAAACAGCAGCACCUCGAAAAUAAGAGGCUUUCGGACUGAGGAGAGUAGCAACAUUGAGAAGACAGACAACAGGAAAGACAGAGAGGACUUAGGCCAAAAGGAUCUGAAAAUUCCUAAGGAGCAUCACUUAAAUCAAGGGAAUCAGCACUACAAAUAAGUAGGAGUUAAGCAAAGUAAAUUAUCGUUAUUGUUGUUAUUUAUUUGUAUGUUGAGUGCCAACAAUGUGAUUAGCAGUGCCCAGAGUAUGGUCCCUGCUCCAAGGAUUUUAAUGUGUCAAUGAAAGAAAUCUGCCUUUGUGAAAUCAAUUCUCUUUUAAAAGAAAAAAAUAACAAGAUAAUAACAAACGCACAGUGUAGAUCUUAACCAAGUCGUUUCUGGCUGUAACUGGCUGUAACUUGCCCUUGGGACUUUAAAGAUCCAGCAGAAGUGGGGCACAGAAAGUGUUCUGAUGGCAAAAAGGGGUAUCAAUGAGCAGCUUAUUAAAGUGACCACUUUUCAUUUUACAUAUUUAAUCUAAACAGCACUGCUAACUCAAUGCAUCCAAAAAAUAUUUUAUAAAAUUAUUGCUUUCAUUUUCUUAUUACUGUGUGUUUAAGUACAUUGUUGUGUCUCAUAUUAAAGCAUUCCAGAUUGUAUAAUUUUUGCAAAUAACUUUGAUAUUAUGUGACACAACAACAUAUUUAUGCAAUCUGCAGAUACUGUCUUCUAAUUGCAAGUUAAAAUACCUGCUGUAGACCUUUUUUUAUAUAUAGAAUUGCAGUAAUCUUUCACUGGCUAUGGAAGCUGUAAUGCAUAUUGGGAAAUUCUUUUGGGCUUUGAGAUUAUUUUAUUUUCUUUCCUGUGGUUUAUAUAGUGAUUUUUUUUUUUGUUUACUCUCUGUUAUUUAUAUUUAUAAUUUGAUACUGUAUUGUUGAGGGGUUUUAUAUGCAGUAAGUUAUGCACUUCCCUGUUAAUGCUCAUCGACUUUGUUAAUAGUGGAAAUUCAGUCGUCUUAGCUGCAUAUACUGGUAAGUCCUAGGACAACUUAUCUGGGUUUUUUGUUACUAAUUGGGAAAUAUGAUCUAAAAGACAAGAAAUCUUACUUUAAACAUCGAUGGUGAUUAUCUUGUUCAGUAUUUCAUACUGAACUUAUCCUGAUAAUAAGACAAGCAUGAAUGACAAUGAAUAUACUCCAGAAAUGAUCACGUGUUUUUCUAAAACCAGACAUCUCUGGGAGGUAUUUUAUUUAUGGAACAACACUGAAUUGUCUAUCCCUGUUGGCAAACCUCAAAAAAUUGGCUCUUGGAGUGAGAACUCCAAAAUAUUACUCUUCCCCUAUAUAUGCAAAUGUAAGUGAUACUGGGAGCAGAAAUGAUGGCAUCUCUCUCCAACUCUCCAAAAUGCUUUGCCUUUUUUAAAAUUUAUAUGUACAUUUACAGUAAAAGUUAGUGUUUGAUACAGUGCUACUUUUCAGCAAUAGCUACAGUCCUCAUUGUGUAUAUGAGCUUAAUUCAUAGGUGGCCCAUUCACAACUAUGAGUCUUAGUAACAGUUCACCUUCAGGGCCUGAGGACAUGUUGAACAGUUCUGAGGAGUGUCAGCAGUAAUGAAACAGCCCCAGCCAUCUCAAUGCAGUAGCAGUAAAGUGCUGUUCACAGGAAUUGGCUAUACAUAGUGUACUCCAAAACAAAGACAGCUCAGUCCUAAAGAACUUGUGCAAUUUGAGAGAAGUGUUGGGAUUCGGUGGGAGAACAUGAAAUGUGGCU